UAAUUUUGUAUCAAAAUAGGGGGAAACAAACACUCGUUUUGUGGAAAAUGGGAUAAAAAUGCUAAGAAUUUUGGCGGAAGUAAUUGAACACAUGAUCACUAUUUAUGCAAACUUUUUGAAAGUCGAUAUCAACAACAAAUACAAAGAUAUAGUAUUGAAGUAUUUGACAAAUAUAUGGAAAUAGGAAUGCAUUCAAUGUGUGCUGUAUUUCUGCCCAACGAUAAGCAAUACUUAAUCGUGAAAGUAAUAGACAUAAUACCAGUCGUCUAUAGGAUAUCACAAAUAAACGUUAUAAUGGAAAACGAAGAGACCAAGAGGUGUGAGAAGCUGUGGAAAGACAACGAUUGGGGUUUUCAUUGUCACGACUGUUCGCUGAAUGUGUUGUGCAUUAUAUGCGGCGACUGUUUCGAGAAGUCCAAGCAUUUGGGACACGAGGUCGAGACCAUAGUCUGCGAGUCUGGCGUGUGGUGUGAUUGCGGUAAUGUGUCGGCCAUGAAGAGCACCGGCUUCUGUGCCAAACAUACCGUUCAACACAGCAGUGGUUCCGGAAAA